AUGCCGUCCCUUGUUCCAAUUACCACAAGUUCCAGGACUAUUGUACCGUUGAAUAGUUCCACCCAGAGUGCGCUGCAGUUUGGAUUUGGCCAAUACCAGAGUAUAGGAGCCAACUAUGGGUUGUACGGGAGUUAUGCACAACCACAAGCAAUUGGAACUAAUCAUCGUGGUAUAAGCGAGAAGCUGAGAAUUAUCAUGGCAUUGAAAUCCCAAAUACUCUCAGAGGUUGAUUGGGCGUUACAAAGUUUGGCUAGAAAUUCUAUCCAGCCUUAUUUACAAUUUGAAGAGGAUAAUUUUAUAGCCCAAGAGUUGAUUCAAUAUCUAUACAAACCAUAUCAGUUAGUGCACGACAAGAAGUACUGUUCAGUGAAUCAAAGCACGCUUACUCAUAGCUUGGAUGCUCUCUUGACUUUGCGUAACUCCGCUCAGGAUUUGAGCAACCAGCAAUGGUUGUCACAAAUUACCGGGUUCAAGAAGCAGUUGAUUGACAUUUUAAAGUUUUUGUCGGGGUGGUUUUUCCAGCCUGCAAAGAAAAUAGAUGAAUUAGUAGGUUUCGAAGACCAAUUUUCGGAAACUCUAGCAUACAUAAUUGACUUAUUGGAGCCAUUGACAUGUUACUACAUCAACAACUCAAAACAUGAUGUUCUCUUCACCACUUUACUUCAAAUUUUAUGUGUCACGGAUGAUAAGAAUUUGUUCAUAAACACUCUCAAGUGUGUUUCCCACUUACUUAUAACAUGGCACAAAAACUCCAAAGGGUCGGAUGAAGAUGAUGAAAACAGUGACGACAACGACACUGGCAACAACCAGGCACUAGAUCAAGAGGAAGAUGACACCAAAAUUACCAAUAACUGCGUGGAUGCUCUUACUGAUCUGCAGUUAGAGCACAUAAUCAACACGUUGUUGGUUGGCGAUAACGAUUUAAACAAUGCAGUUUUGGACUUUUUGAAAAUGUAUCUAUUUUCUGAAGCUUUGCACAAUGAUCAUCCAAAUUCAGUAAAAGAUUCGCAACGAUUCAGGUUGAGGCACUUAUUGCAGCUAUCUACUACAAGAGCAAACUACGAAACGUUGGUCAAACAGCUCCCGUUACUUCUUGUGUCAAAUCUUCCGUUACUGGAACCAGUGAAGCCGCAACCAGUGCCUAACACGAUUCUCACUAGACGUACCCAGCAUUCAAAUGCGCCCCUUGCGGCGCCAGAGUUGACCAAGGACUUAUACAGGAUUAUGCUUCAAUUCCCUGAACCAGCGAGGGCAACCACCUGGUUACAUUGUUGCUACGAGCCAACAACGAGUGAAGAGGUUGAGGUUACUCAAAUUUCAAUUUGGAAGUCAUAUGAAACACAGUUUCAGGAAAUUUGGAAAGUGGAUGGAAGAGACCGCAGUCCUAAUUUGCAUCCGUUAUUACCUGCUGUUGACUUUAUAAAGAAUGUGACAAAAGCGUUCCCCAAUGCUGAGGCCAAAGUUUUAACCAUCCGUGUUGAUGGAGAAGAGCAGCCCAAAAAGAAAUUCAUCAUUCAAGGAAUUCAACCGAGACAAUUCCCCGUUAGUAUCGAGACUGGAAAUUACGAAGCAUUAAGAUCUAUUUCAGAAAUUUCUCACCAGGAACAAUUGACUACUUUAUCGAUUGGCCAUUUUGAUUCUAGAAGAUUCCAAAAUUUUGUUGCAUCUGAACUGGAGUUGAUAUUGAGUGAAGAUAACAGAGUAUUCCCGUCACACUUGAACUCUAUCAAUGAGUCUAGCCGUGAGAUUUUGGAAUAUAUAAUUCGCGAGGUUUUGGACAAGGAGCAUGAUCUCGAUCAUGUAGCUUCUAAUAUUUUCAGGCUCCACAAUAGCUAUUGGUUACCUGACUUGGUAUAUGCUAACCCGUCUUUAGUUGAAUCGGGGAUUGUCAAUAUCGAAUGGCUACUGUAUCUUUUAUAG